AAGAAAGACUCUGUGGCCCAAUGGAUAAGGCGCUGGUCUACGAAACCAGAGAUUCUGGGUUCGAUCCCCAGCAGAGUCGAUUUCUUUUUGCUAAUUUUUUAUUGCGAAUUAUUUGAAGGCUCGAAGCUUAAAAAGGCCCAAAGAAUCUCAUGAAGAUUCUGUUUUUGGUCUCUCUCACUCACAAGUCUCACAUAAUCGAAAGCUCGCAGAAGUCAAGAGGAAGAAGAUGAGUGGUACAGUGACAAUGCACAGUGUCUUCGUCUACGGCAGUCUCAUGGCGGACGACGUCGUUCGUCUCCUCCUCAACCGUAUCCCUCAAACCGCUUCCGCAACCCUCCCUGAUUUCCAUAGAUUCAGCAUCAAAGGUCGUGUUUAUCCGGCGAUUAUACCAGCUAAGUCUGAUAAAGUCUCUGGAAAGGUGUUAUUUGGAAUCACAGAUGAUGAACUUAAUGUUUUAGAUGAGUUUGAGGAUGUUGAGUAUGAAAGAGAGAAUGUUCAAGAUAGUUCAGACGAGAAACUGCAAACAAAAACCUACGUUUGGGCCAAGAAAGAUGAUCCUGACCUAUACGGGACAUGGGAUUUCGAGGAAUGGAAGCAACUUCACAUGGAAGGUUUCUUGAAGAUGACUAAAGAAUUUGCUGAAGAGUUGAAUUUACCGAAAUCCGAGAUAUGACUCGCCGCUACAUUCGGAUCAGUAAAUGAAAUCUGGUAUAGUUUCCUCAAUGAAUUAGUCAAUAUAUUCUUGGUGUUCUCUCUAGGAAGGGUUAGAUUCUUCUUCAUGAAUACACAUACAUGAGGGGGAUUUGGGGUUUUGUGGUAUUACUUAAUUCAACUGAUAAGGAAUAAGAAAACAGCUACAGAUUCUUGUGCGGUAUGUUAUUAUACAAUACACAUAUAGACAUGUGUUUAGCUUCGAUUGUUUGUUCGCAUUUAUCUUUUACGAGAGCUCAAUUGCUACUAUGUUUGAGACGAAUUGUGUGAAUUUUCCACAAUACUAGUAAGUAAUACCAAAUCAAGAUGUUAUUGGAAA